GUGCUGUCACUCCGGGCGACAUGUCAAUUUGUCAUUUCGUGUUAGUUGUCAAGCGGCUUGUGAAUUUAUAAAAUAUAAACUUAAAUAAUUCUGCGGCCUGCGUGUUAUUUUGAGGCAUACUAAUAAAAAAGGUUUUGCGAAAAAGUUGCAAAUUAAAAUAUGGCUGAUGUUUUAGAUAUUGAUAACGCUGAAGAGUUUGAGGUAGACGAGGAUGGCGAUCAAGGUAUUGUGCGUUUAAAGGAAAAAGCAAAGUCGCGCAAAGGUCGUGGUUUUGGAAAUGAAAGCAAUGUUCGCGAAACCAUUCACAGUUAUGACCGCGUGCGCCAUGAAGAUGAUGACGAACUGGAACCGGGACCACAACGAUCUGUUGAGGGUUGGAUUCUAUUUGUAACGUCAAUACACGAAGAAGCACAAGAAGAUGAA